GCAAUCAAUACAUUUCCACACUUCCUUCAUGAAAUAACGUUUGGUUUGGGGCCUCGAUCAUUCUUGCACGAUUUACAGUUACGUAUUUUGUUACAGCCUUGCUGUUAAUUCGUUCGAUAGGAAACUAUUGGUUCAUGGUUCAACACGAUUCUCAAAGCCAUGAUUUACAAACUGACUGAAACAAUAUGGAACUCCCUAAUCUCAGGACACUCUUUGUGUUGGUGAUCGUCACGGGUGCAUGCAUUUUUGGGCUUCUGACCGUUCUACACUCAACAUGGACUUCGGACGGAUAUAUUCUCCCUCUUGAAAAUGGACAACUAACACGUGGAAAAUUGAGAUUUCCUGUAACGCAAAAGAAAGGCCUACCCAAACUCGAAAACGCACGACCUGGCGAUGAAACAAGCGCCGUGCUUGCUUUACAUGCGUCAGCUUCACCGACAGACAACCAUACUUCACCACCAAGCUAUAAUAUUGACAUGAUUAAGAAAGGGGUAUCUCGUGUCUGGGUAUCCAAUGAAACACGGAAAUCUGGUGUCCGGAGGAAGCUGAACAGCAUUAUGGACGCCAAGGAGCUCGCUGUGAUGACGAAAAGGUUGUCCAAGAUUGGACAGACAAUUAGGUUUGCUAUCACUAACAAAUCACGUGCGAUGACGGAAGAUAUAUACACUUCACUACCCGAGCAAUCGCCGUUCGCCAAUGAAACACUGCAGAGAUGUAUCGUGGUGGGAAAUGGAGGAAUUCUCACCAAUAGCCGAUGCGGUACAAACAUUGAUAGAGCUGACUUCGUCUUUAGGUGCAACACGCCACCAUUGAGGGGAUACGCAGAGGAUGUUGGAACGAAGACUAACAUUGCUUCAAUUAACCCUUCAAUAAUUGCCUCAAAAUACAAGCGAUUGCUGGAUAAGGGACAUAAGUCAACAUUUCUCAAUGAUGUGAAGCGAUUUGGCCGGCUUCUUGUCCCGCUAUACGGCGUACCAUCUGGGUACGCGUACAUCGUUCCCGCCUUGAAACUUCUACAAACUAGCAACAACUCCACCCCUAAAAAAAUGGUGAUCAUCAACCCUAACCAUUUCAGAGCUGUGGCUGGAAUAUGGGCCGAGAUGGGUCUGAAAGAUCGCAUGACAACGGGUUUUUAUCUGACGUCAUUGGCUUUAUCUGUUUGUGGUUCCGUGGAGUUGUUUGGAUUUUGGCCGUUCCCGCUCGAUACCAUCGGUAAUCCAGUCCCAUACCAUUACUACGGGAAAGACAAAAUUACAAAAGGCGUGCACGAUUUUAAUUUAGAAUUUGCUUUGUUGUAUCAGUUGCACACAGAUGGUGUGUUACGGAUGCACGUAGGGUCAUGCGUGUCGAACACAUAGCUUAGGACAUUUGUUUCUAAUUAAUGGUGCAAUAAUGAUGAAGUUAUCUUUGCUCUUCAGUACGUCCUGAGACCUCCUUUCAUCUUCUUAUAUGUUGUUACCUUGCAACAUUAUUUUAUCAGAGCAAAUACUAAUACCGUUUUACUCAAUGGCACUGGACACUAUUGGUAAUUACUCAAAAUAAACCUCAUUCGGUAUCAAGUAAUAGGGAGAGGUCGAUAG